ACUUUCCUUCAUGCGGUUUAUUUAGGGGGCGUAAGCGGGUGGGCCUCAACGCGGGGACGGGACAGGUAGGGCAGGCGGGAGCACCGCGAAGGAAGGCAGCGCGACUCCUAUUCUCCACAUUUUAACCAGCUGCGUUGCCAUUUGGGUCGGUGGCGAGAGUGCCCUUGGGGCUGGUGGCCCUGAGCGGGGAGCCCGAGGCGGCUGGAGGGAUGGGGAAGGAGCGUCAGCGGAGUGUGUGCCCCGCCGCGCCCACAAUGCACGCCCCGCGGACACUGCGGGCAUUAGGGCCUUGCCUGUUCGGCCUUUUCCCCAGUGCGAGCAGCGUGGAGGAUGUGCUGUGGCUUUGUGGAUUCAUGCCGCCUCCGCGUCUAGUUCACAAAGACUUUGCAAUCUCGAGUUUGAGGCUGUGGCAAAGUAGCUGAUUUAUUUGGCUGCUUUUCGGUUUCUGUUUUCAGCCCUUCUCCUUUUAACGGGCAUGUCAACUGUUACUCUACCGACGCCUUUACAAAGUGAGAAGUGAACUGAAGUUACUGCAAGUCUCCUACUGUGGUUAACUGGAACUAUUUCAGUCUGGAUUUGCAUGAAAUGCUAAGCUAUAAAAACAUCCAGGCAAAAAAGUCACGCUUUUCUCUGUGCCUAUUUCUUUAUGGCUGGUUAUCAUACAAUUCAGAAUUUUUUUUCAAGACGGUCACUUUUUUUUUUUUUAUUUUGGGUUUUGUGUUUAAGACCAUGCCAUUUUUGACAUUGGGAGUGUAUUAGCUAUAGAUUUUUAUGACUAUUGUUUGCUGAAGCCGCUGAACAAGUUGUUAGUGUGUGGGGGAGAAUAAGAAAAAUAAAAAUAAAAAAGUGCUGCCCUCCCGGCAAAAGAUAGUUCCACACAAUAGAGUAAAAGAAAUGUGGCCUUGAAAAAUAUUCCCUUCUUUUUUUCAGUGUGAUGAAGUUUUCAUGUGAUUAACCAGGUUUGAGUAAUUCACGUGUUCUGGUAGAGUGUUUCCUGCUGGUACUGGGUUAAUAAUUUAUGAGACUCAUUUAACCCGAGGCCAUCUAGGAAGCAGUCACAGAAAGUGAAUCAUGGGUGGGCGGAAUUUUAGGAUGGCAGCAUUCCUGCUUUCAUCCCGAAUGUGUUAGUUUUUCCUUUCCUCAUAUCAUAGUGCUUGUUGAUGGGAAAGCAGUUAUGUAUUUCUGAUGUGAAGAGCUGCUUCAAACCCUCAAUAUAGUUGUAUGCUGACUUUCUGAGCAGAUGUAUCGUGUGACCAUUCAUCUGACUUGGAAGCAGCCAAGAACAGGAUUCCUAGACCUGUCAGACUGAUUGACUGUGUUUGGCAGAUCUUUCCCUAUACUAGUAAAGUUGGCAGGCAAGUUACUUAACAUUUGGAAGAGAAAAUUUUUUUAAUGUGAGAUGCAUAAUGUGGUGUUGCAGGAAUUUUGUGGAUCAGAUCCAGAUGGGUGUCUGUGCAGCAGAGAAGAUUAAUGAGACCAGAUGCAAUGAUGAAGAGGUGCGAAGCCUUUUGAAGCAGACAGUAGGAAAGUCUCCUGCAGUAGGAGGGCUGGUGGAGAGACCAGCUGAGGGGGACUUGCUCAAAUGCGUUGUUUUCUACAGGCAGACAGUGCUGAAGCUGAUUUGUUCCUGCCAUGAUGGCUGUUGUUGCUGGGCAGGGUAGCUAAGGUCAGGAUUGCAAAGAAGGGACUUUUGGGCAGAAUUUUUGUGGUUAGGCUAGUUGGAAAUGAGCACAUCUGGGCCCUCAGUGUUGAGUACCACAUCCUAUUUGAACAGUCUGAACUUGCAGACAAGCGGUGGUGAGAUGGUGGGGCUCUGGACUGUCUUAAGAUGGAGUCCGUCUGGCCUUUUACUCCUAAAAGUGUUGGGGUCUUUCUCAUUGGUAAUUUAGCAAUGAUGUCUUUAAGGAAGCAGUCUGAUGGUGCUUGUUCAUCUCCCAUUAAUAAUUCAUUGAUAUUUGCUACAGUACUGUUUGAACUGCAUUAAGCCAGGAAGAUUCUCUACAGUUUACCUGAGGUUUCUCAGUUUGGGGGAAUAACGAAAAUACUUCAUUGCAUAGGUAAUAAUUUUAGAGUACUCUACGUGUUUUCAAGAGCAAAGAAAAUGAAUACAUCUCCAAAUCCAGCAAAUGAAGGAAGAAAGCCAAAUCCAACUCUCAAAACAAAUUGGAGCUCUUGGAACAUUGGUCUGUAAACAUAUUUCACAUCUGGAGCUAUGCAGGUAAUCCCUCUUUCCUGAUGCUUCUUCCUGGUAGCACCAGGGGUACUGCCAGGACCUUUAUGCCAGAUAAGAAAGAUGACACAAAGUGUAUUAUAGAAGAUUAAUCUGUUGACAGGUGUCAAAUGAUGAGUAGAUGUCAGGCACCCUGUCUUUUGGAGUAGUAUUCUCCAUUUUACCAUAGGUAUUUCAAAGCUCAUCUUUACUUUUGAGAUACAUUUUUAGGAAGUGAAGUCAUUGUAUUGGAAACAUGAUUUCAGAAGACUUUGCCUUGAACAGGACUAGCCUUUUUUCUUUAUAAUUUAUUUCUUUAAAAUUUUAUUUAAGGUAUACAAAUUCCUUACAUAUAGAUUCAGGAACAUAGUGAUACUUCUCAGCUUACCCUCUCUUCUGCCCAUGUCCCCACCCUUCUUCCUCUUCCCUCUUCUUACCCCACUCUUAAGUUUCACAAAAAUCUAUUUUCAGUUUACUUUAUACCCGUAAGAUUAACCCUACACUAAAUAAAGAGAUCAACAAAUAGUAUGGGGGAAAAAACCCACUUUUUAGUGUUUUGUGCAAAUCCAAUACUCUUCUGGUGGAAGUUUUCCUCACUUGAUACCAUUUAACCAUUCUUGACAAUCAUAAAUGCUGUAGAUGAAUAUGAGUCUAUUUUAAAUUAUUUAAAAUUUGAAUGACACUUUUACUGGUAAUUAGUUUGAUAAAUACAAAUAAAACACAAUACAGUUCGAAAAUAUAUGUUGAAAAUUUAAGACACAGUCUUAGGAACUUCAUUCAGGCAAUGUUGUUUUGUGUGGCAACACCUUUCUGACACCUUUCUUCCUGGCGGGCGUAUAUCAUGCUUAUGAAAACUGUGACUGUGAUGUUCUCUUGGCUCUAUUUUGGAUGGAAUUAAAUUCAUUUUUGUUCACUCAUCAAUGUAUAUCAGCAUUUGAUGUAUGAAAAAUCCACAAUAAAUGUGUAGGUUUAAGAUACAACUAUUUUAUUUCUAAUUCUGAAUCUGCAUUUUGGAGUGGACUCAGCUGAAACACUUCUAUGCUGGUGUUGCCUGAUAUCCCAGAUAAGGGUCUUGGCAUCUGGUAACAUGAUUGAUGCUAGUGCACAUAGGAUUAUUUUACUCUGUCUGGUGCUAUUGACAGUUCAUUUAUUUGUAUGAAAGGUAGAGCAAGAGGCAGGGGUGUGUGUGUGUGUGUGUGUGUGUGUGUGUGUGAGGGGGGAGAGAGAGAGUCUGCCACCUGCUGGUGCACUCUUGAAAUGCCUGUAAGAUCCAAGGUUAGGCCAGGCUGAAGCUAGGAAGCAGGAACUCCAUGUGGGUCAUCCAUGUGGGUGGCAGGAACCCAAGUGUGUGUUCAUCACCCUCUUCAUCCAAGGCACAUUUACAGAAAGUGUGGGAGUAUGAAAUAGCUUAGACAAAAACCAGGUGCUCUGGUAUGGGAUAUAGUGUGUUCCAAGCAGCAGAUUAACUUGCCACAUUACAACAUCCUUCCCUGCCAUUUCUGGUUAUUUGCUUUGGCUCUUGUUUUAGACCCUUUGUCUCCCACAGACAAGUAUCAGGUUUCUUCACAAGAUGACUGUCCGAUAAGACAAACUCAACUAGACAAAUGCUUUUCAAAUAAUAUUGGUGUCAUAUAUACUAAUGUCCCAAGGGCUAAAGCAUGUGAAAGGUCAAAGGUAAGAGUCAUGGUGGGAAAGGGUUAUAUGAAGGCUUUAAUUUGGGGAGGUAUGUCAUUUGGAAUAAUUUAUGGAAAGGUGUACUUCAUUAAAGUAUAUUCUAUCCAUUUUUCCUAUACAGUUGUAGGCAAAGAAAUUCAGGUUGCAUGAUGCAUAAUUUCUCCAGAAUUUUAGAUAUGCAAAAUCUGGAGAUGUUCUAUUGAAAACACUAAAUGGAAUCCUGUGUGGCAUAUCUGUAUUAACAAGAAAAUACUUAAUACCACUGAAGUAUUUUUCUGUAGUGCAGAAGCAUGAUCUUUCUUUGGUAUGAUAUGAUUCACAUGAACAGUCAUCCUUAAACUUAUAAAUUAUUUCUUUGCAGUGAUUUUUUUUACAAAAUAAGUAACAUAAAUAUUAUCAUUAACUUAAUGAUAAGUUGUGUUUAAUCUUUACCAAUUAAUAGAAAUGUGGAUGCUCUUUCCUGACCCUUCUCAUGUGCUAAGCACUAUUGCUGUAAAAGGAGGCUGACUGUUUGUUUUUCUAUCUAGUGUGUCUGUGAUUCUGUAUUCACUUCUACCAUGGUCAUGCUUUGUGCAGUAAAAUCCAGGAGCAAGCCAGACCAGUUCUUUCAUAACUCCCUCCAUUCACCUUCUCUUCCAGGUAUAAUUCUAGAGAUCUCUACGUGCUUCCAAGACAAAGAAAAUGAAUUCAUCUUCAGUGUUGGUGUCAUUUGAAGACCUGGCUGUGGACUUCACCUGGGAGGAGUGGCAGGACCUGAGCCAUGCUCAGAGAAUCCUGUACAAGGAUGUGAUGCUGGAGACCUACAGCAGCCUGCUGUCCUUGGGGUACUGUAUUACGAAACCUGACUUGAUCUUCAAGUUGGAACAAGGAGAAGAGCCAUGGAUAGUUCAAGAAUACCUAAACCCAAACUUAAAAGUUUCCCAGGAAAGAGAUGGCCUGAUUGUGACCAACAAGGAAAGUCAAGACAUAAAUUUGAGGAAGGAUGUGGUCACAAACAAUACAUUCACUCACAAGGGCAUUGAAUCAAGAAAAACACGUAAUUUAAACUCAAGCCAUAUUCAAAAACUGAUCAUCAAAAAGAGAAAUUGUUCAGGAAUGAAACCUGAGGUAUGCAGUAUAUUUCACAAUGUGCAUAUCCCUAGUGUGCUGGAUGAGAUGCAAGCUGGAGAGAAAUUAGAUGCCCCUAAUGUACCUGGGAACUCUUCUCAUUGCUCAGAGCCUCAUAGUCAGCAUCACAAGGUUCAGACUGUGCCAUUUGAUCACAGUAAACAAGUAAAAACCUUGCAAAGGAAGAAAAUGUUCUUUACAUUUGAGAAGGCUUAUAUGAGAGACACUUGUAACAAGUCAACUAUUGUAGGAAAGACAAUGAAGACAAUUCAAAUAGGGAAGGAAACUUUGCAUAAAAAUUCUAACCUUAGUAAGUAUCAACAAACCCAAACAAAAGAGAAACUCUGUGAAUUUUUUAAGGGUGAGGAAGCUAUGAAUUACAAAUCAGAUCUUACAAUGAAUCAGAAAACACAUACAGGAAAGAAACCCUAUGUAUGUGAACCCUAUAAAAAAUCUUUCAGCCAUAAAUCCUGCCUCACAGUCCAUCACAGAACUCACACAGGGGAAAAGCCCAGUGGGUACAAUGAAUGUGGAAAACCCUUUUCCUGGAAGUCAUAUCUCAUGAGAAAUCAAAGAAUUCACACAGGGCAGACACUAUAUGAAAUUAAUGAGUGUGGAAAAGCUUUUUACAUGAAACCACACUUUGUAAGACAUCAGAAGGGUCGCACAGCAGUGAAACCUUAUGAAUGUAAUGAGUGCAAAAAGGACUUUUGCCAGAAGUCAGGCCUCAUAACGCAUCAGAGAGUUCACACAGGGGAGAAACCUUAUGUAUGUAAUGAGUGUGAGAAAGCCUUUUCCCAGAAGUCAAACUUGAAUAAACACCUGAGAAUUCACACAGGAGAGAAAUCUUAUGAAUGCAAUGAAUGCGGAAAAGCCUUUUGCCAGAAGUCAGUCCUCAUAAGACAUCAGAGAAGUCACACUGGGGAGAAACCUUACAAUUGUAAUGAGUGUGGAAAAGCCUUUUCCAGGAAGUCACAUCUCAUAAUACAUCAGAGAAUUCACACAGGGGAGAAACCUUUUAAGUGCAAUGAAUGUGGAAAAGCCUUUUACCUGAAAUCACACUUUGUUACACAUCAGAGAAUUCACACAGGGGAGAAGCCUUAUAAAUGUAAUGAGUGUGGAAAAGCAUUUUCCCGGAAAUCACAUGUCAUAACACAUCAGAGAACUCACUCAGAGAAGAAAUCUUUUGAAUGUAAUGAGUGUGGAAAAAUCUUUUACCAAAAGUCACACUUUGUAACACAUCAGAAGAUUCAUACAGUGGUGAAACAUUAUGAAUGUAAUGAGUGCAAAAAAGAGUUUUGCCAGAAGUCAGGCCUCAUAACACAUCAGAGAAUUCACACAGGGGAGAAACCUUAUGUAUGCAGUGAGUGUAAGAAAGCCUUUUCCCAGAAGUCAAACUUGAAUAAACACCAGAGAAUUCACACAGGGGAGAAAUCUUAUGAAUGCAAUGAAUGUGGAAAAGCCUUUUACCAGAAGUCAGUCCUCAUAAGACAUCAGAGAAUUCACACAGGAGAGAAACCUUACGAUUGUAACGAAUGUGGAAAAGCAUUUUCCCGAAAGUCACACUUCCUAAUUCAUCAGAAAAUUCACACAGGGGAGAAACCCUUUGAAUGCAAUGAAUGUGGAAAAGCCUUUUACCUGAAAUCACACUUUGUAACACAUCAGAGAAUUCACACAGGGGAGAAAACUUAUGAGUGUAACGACUGCAAAAAAUACUUUUGCCACAAAUCAGCUCUCAUAAGACAUCAGAGAAUUCACACAGGGGAGAAACCUUAUGAAUGUAAUGAAUGUGGAAAAGCCUUUUCCUGGAAGUCAGACCUCAUAACCCAUCAGAGAAUUCACACAGGCGAGAAACCUUAUGAAUGUAAUGAGUGUGAAAAAGCCUUUUCCCAGAAAUCACACCUUAUAGCACAUCAGAGAAUUCACACGGGGGAUAAAGCUUUUGAAUGUAAUGAAUGUGGAAAAGCCUUUUACAUGAAGUCAAACUUGAAGAAACAUGAGAGAAUUCACACAGGGGAGAAAUCUUAUGUAUGCAGUGAAUGUGGAAAGGCAUUUUGCCGGAACUCAGACCUCAUAAGACAUCUGAGAAUUCACACAGGGGAGAAACCUUAUGUAUGUAAUGAGUGUGAAAAAGCCUUUUCCCAGAAGUCAAACUUGAAUAAACAUAGGAGAAUUCACAUAGGGGAGAAAUCUUAUGAAUUCAGUAAAUCUGGAAAAGCCUUUUGCCAUAAGUCAGACCUCAUAACACAUCAGAAAAUCCGCAUAGGAGAAAUUUCAUGAAUUAAAUGAGUACGGAAAAACUAUCCCAGAAUUAAAGCCUCAAUAGGCAUAGAAUUGAAAAACUGGGAAACUUUGAAUGCAAUCAAUGUCAAAAAAAAUCUUUUGCUUCAAUUAAACCUCAAUAGAUACCAUAUACUACACAAAGAAGAAAACACUGUCAAUAUAAUGUAUGUGAAAAAUCUUUGGCAAAAGUCACUCUUCAGUGUACAUUGAGAAGAGAAAGCAUGUGUGUAUACUAAGACUUUGUACCAUAGUUCAUGUUUUACCACCUCUUAGAAGAUUCACAUAGAGCAAAAUCCCUGUGAAUGUAUUGGAGGUGGAAACCUUUACUAUAAGGCAAAUUUUAAGAAACAUCAGUAAAAUUACAGAGAAAACAUUGAAAAUGUAACUUAUAUGGAACCACACCUCAGCAGUUAUUAGGAAAUCCAAAUGAAGGAUUUACCUUGUAUGACUGAGACUGGCUAUAUGUUCUUUAAAGUCUAGUUUUUCCUCCUUUGACAUACAAUCUGAAUUCUUGGCUUUCUCGUAUUAUGAGUGGGACCAUGACAAUGAGUUAUUUCCACAUAUAAAUUUUGUUAAGUAUUUUCCGUGUGAUACUUACUUGAAAUAUUAUCCUCAUCAUUUGCAAAGUUGUUUGAUUUUAUUGGUUGCCCAUGAUUCCUUCCCCACGUGACUCUACAGAUCAAGUUGUGACCAUUGGCCCAUCGCCUGACUUAUAUAUGCCAGCCAUUAUACUAUAUCCCAGCUCUGAAUGAUGAGUGGUUUGUCCAGAUUAGGGGAUGAGUCUCUGACAAACUUUAUACUCAUGAGAAUCAUAGACUUCUCUGUGUGUAAGUCCAAAUUUGCCCUCUUUGCCAGAAGUUUGCUUAUUGGGCGAAGAGGGGAUGUGUGCACAAUGCUCUCAUGGCAUAAAUGCUAAGCAGUCCUCCUGAGAUUUAAACUAUGUUUGUAACUCUUCUUACUUUCAUUUUUUUGGAUUGUUUUCAUUCCACUCUAUUGUGGUUUGCUUCUGUUUGUAAUUAAAUUUUGGCAGUUGUAUUCACUUGGCUUGAUUCUGGCUCAUUUAAUUUUUUUGAGCUACUUGAGAUAUGCAGGUAGCUAGUGAGCACUAGAAAUUAAGGACUAUCAGCACCCAUGCUAAUACCACACAUAGAACAUACUGCACACCUUGUGUGUUGUUCCUAAGAUUGUACUGGCUAGAAAUAUCCAAGAUGAGUGAAGACUGGCAAACCUACUCAACAUCAAGCACCUGGGCCUCUCUUCCCAUCAUGCACCAGAUGCAUGACACUUCCUAAAUUUCAACACAUAUGCACCUGAUGCUAUGACAAGCUGAGAUUUUCGAAAGGAUCAUGGAAGUGGGUGAUACUCAAGUCCUGCUCCCAACUUAGCCUUAUUUAAAUAUUCAAGUAGGUGUUUUCUCAGACAUCACCUACUAUCCUAUUAAAGGAUAACUACAAACCUUUUAAAUUGCAGCAUUUUCUCCUGAGGUUGUCCACAAUAUUGCUUUUUUUUUUAAGAUUUUUUAAAAUUUAUUUGAGAGGUAGAGUUACAUACAGAGGGGAGAUAGAAAGGUCUUCCAUCCAAUGGCUCACUCCUCCAAUAACUACAAUGGUUGGAGCUGCAGCGGUCCAAAGUCAGGAACCAGGAACUUCCUCUGGGUCUCCCACUUAGGUGCAGGGGCCCUAGCAGCUGGGACUAGAACCAGUUCCCAUAUGGGAUGCUGGCAUCACAGGUGGAGGAUUAACCUAGUAUGCCACAGUGCCAGCACCAUACUAUCUCUUUAAAUUUUACUUUCCUGAUUCCUUGUUUCUAGCUUUUUUUUUUUUUCAAAUUCCUUGUUGCCUAGAGACAGUAACUUGGACUAAUGUUUAACCCCUGAAACAGAGAAACUGGUACAAAAAUAUAAUAGUAUGGUAUUUUUGUAGUUUUACAAUGACUUUAAUAUUUUUGGCUUUAUUUUCCACCACCUCAUGGUGACUCUAAGUUUUAUUGAAAUGUUGUGUUUACUUUUCUUUCCUCAAAGUUCUUCUUGGGGUUUGAUUGGAUUUACAUUCAUCUCUGAUAUCAGCAUGUACCCACUCUGGAUGGACAAUGUACCUAGGUGACAUGGCCAUUCCUCAAUGACUUGGUUACAAAUGUAGUGAUGAAUGAUACAGCUAUAGUUGCUCUUUUUCUGCUUCCUGUCCAGAGGGCAGUCCUACAAGUCAUUCCUUCCACCUCUAAUCCUAAACGUUGGGAACAGUUCAUUGGCAAUAUACAGAUCCAGUCCAAGUGCUAAUCGUAAGAUGCAGAGUCAAAUCUCAGGAUACUCGGAAACUUAAAGGCAAAUAAGUAGUUAUACAUAAAAUAUAUGCCUUGUAUUGAAAAAUUAGUACACAUAAAGGCAAAAUAUACAAGUUAGGCCUAAAAUAGAAGUGGGAAGGAGUGCCAACUUUCAAAGGGGACCAACUGUGGGCUGAACAAAAAAUUCAUGUGGAUACAGUUGUGGCUAUAUGCAUGGGGAGUGAGGUCAAUUCAUAGCCUCUUUCUGGGUCCCAGUUCCUUGCUCUGCAAAUCUUAGAAAUGAGAUCAAGAUGGUAGAGGAGAAUGGAGAUGUUAUCCACUGUCCAUGCAGCUUGAAUUGUGUGUGAGGGCAAAGGCCAUGCCUCUCAUUGUCUAAGGACUCCCUAUGUUCCCACUUAACCUUGUCCUUUUCCUAAUGCUUGCUGAAGUGCUUGUUUCUGAGCCAAUGCUGAACUGAUUUCUGGCUUGCCUGGACUUUUAUUGUCUUCUUGGUCUAUUGAUAGGAUGUUUCAGAUUUCUUUUUCUUUGUGUAAGUUUAAUAGACAAUACAUAAUGACUCAAUGCUUUCCAACUCUCUUCUAGCAAGCUUUGACGCAUUAAAAAUGGACUGAAAAAUGAAAUAAAUACAACUGCCAAAGUUUUUGAAUGUA